GCAGAGGAAGACGAUGUUUUCUACUGAAUGCGAAAUCAGAUCUGAUCUUACCUAUGAUUAGGAUGAAGGAACCCUUUCUACUGCUUUUCCUGACUUCACUGCUGUUCUGCAAAGAAAAACAAGCGUCUCUGACUGUGAGCCCUAGAAGCUCCCAGUUCUUUCAAUGGACAUCUCUCUCUAUGAGCUGUGAGAUGGGUGACAACACCACAGGAUGGAGAAUCAGGAGGAACACCACGGAUGAAAUCGAAACCGACUGUGGCGUUACCUGGGGAACUUCAACCGCAUUUUCAUGUCAGAUUGGUCUAACAGCGCUGUGGGACAGUGGCGUUUACUGGUGUGAAGCCAAAGAUGGAGCGACAAGUAACGUUAUCAACAUCACAGUCACAGACCACCCAGUGAUCCUGCAGAGUCCAGUCCUCCCUGUGAUGGAGGGACAUAAUGUCACAUUGCUUUGUAAAACAGAGAGCCCUCGCUCCAACCUGUCAGCUGAGUUCUAUAAGGACGGCUCCCUCAUCAGGACCGAGCCCACCGGUCACAUGACCAUCCACCGCGUCGCCAAGUCUGACGAAGGCCUCUACAAGUGUCACAUUAGCAGUGAUAAUGAGUCCCCACCCAGUUGGAUCUCUGUGUCAGAAAAGCCUACAACCACAUCUGCACCCCCUCCCUCCACCCCCACCCUCCAGCUGGUUCUGAGCCUGCUCCAUCACCUGUUAGUGAUCUGUCCUUACUUCAUCUGCACUCUGCUCAUGGUGUCCUUAUAUCGAAACAGGUCUAAAUAAAUCACUAAUCUUACACAAAACCAAUUCAUCAACCAAUCAGUUCAGCUUAGGCAGUGACAAGUUUUUUUCUAUUCAACUUGGAACCAACUACAGGAAGUGGACUAGACAUCUUGAGUGUGAUGACACUAUCCAUUGAGGCUAAGCAUAGAUUGAAUGAUAACUUUAAUGUGGUCAGUGACGUGACCACUGAGCAACAAAGGCACCCGAUUGGAUUAUGUCAUCACCUACAUGUAUAAAUACAUGUGGGAAAUACAAGUAUUUAUAAUAACUAUUAAAUGGGUUCACAACCGAUAUUUAGUAUUUUAAUUGUAUAUUAUAUGAAGUGUUUUUCUCUCCUUGCAGCAGGUUACGAUGUUCCUCGCCACUACAGGGGUGUCCAGCUCCAGUCCUCAUGGGCCACUGUGCUGCUAGUUUUCCCAACUCUCCCUGCUGAUUACCUUGAUCAGGUGUGUCAGUUAGCUAAUGAUUGCCUAACAAACCUGGUCCAUGGAAUCAGUAUUAGCUGGUGCAGGGAGAGUUGGAACAAGGACAGCAGCCCUUGAGGACCGUGUUUAGACACCCCUGCACUACUACUUUUGAAAGGUUCAGUGC